AUGUCGAUCUGCAGGACCGACCAGAACAGAUGGCGAUGGACUGUGCCUGAGAUCGACGAGCCAUUCUCGGCCUGCCAAUUCCGCCGCUACGCCACGACUUGCAUGGACAUGAUCUUGCCUUUGCUGGCCUCCACAUGGCUCUCAGGAGUCAGUGCAGUUGCCGCGGAUGCGGGCAUUCAAAGCCUCCAUGAGAGACAACAGAAGAUUGUCACCUAUGAUGGCAACAGCGUCUUGAUCAACGGCGAGAGGCUGAUGCUCUUCAGCGCUGAGUUCCACGCUUUCAGAAUGCCAGUUCCCAGUCUGUGGCUUGACAUCCUGCAGAAGAUCAAGGCUAUGGGCUACAACUGCGUUUCGUUCUACGUCAACUGGGGCCUCGUCGAGGCAAAGCCUGGCGAGGUCCGCGCUGAAGGCAUCUUUUCUCUGGAGCCCCUCUUCGAGGCCGCCCAAAAGGCUGGCCUCUAUCUCUUUGCCCGGCCCGGACCCUACGUCAACGCCGAAGUUACCGGCGGAGGCUUCCCUGGCUGGCUCCAGCGGGUUCAAGGAGCACUGAGGACGAGCGAUGAGGCUUACCUGAAGGCGACCGACAACUACACUUCAGAGAUUGGCCGCAUCAUUGCCGAUGCCCAAAUCACCAACGGUGGCCCGGUGAUCCUGUUUCAGAUGGAAAACGAGUACAUGUUCGCCGUCGAGCCAUACCCAUUCCCUGACUUCGACUACUGGAACUACGUCGACAACCAGUUCCGCAGCGUGGGUGUCGUUGUCCCCUACGUCAACAACGAGGCAUGGAAACUAGGCGGCGUCACGCCUACAACUCCUGCUAGCGUUGACAUCUACGGUUUCGACUCCUACCCACUCGGGUUCGACUGCUGGAACCCGAACCAGUGGCCUGCUCAGGGCCUGCCUACAGACUGGCUUCAGCGUCACCGGGAAAUCUCCCCCAACACCCCGUUCACGAUAGUCGAGUUCCAAGGUGGUGGUUUCCAGCCUUGGGGCGGUGCUGGUUUCGAAAGCUGUGCUGGUCUGCUGAACCACGAAUUCGAGCGUGUGCUGUUCAAGCAUGCCUACGCUGCUGGAGCGACACUUUUCAACGUCUACAUGACCUGGGGCGGAACAAACUGGGGCAACCUUGGUCACUCUGACGGCUACACCUCCUAUGACUACGGCGCUCAGAUCACAGAGGAGCGUCUUGUCAACCGCGAGAAGUACAGCGAGUCAAAGCUGCAGGCGAACUUCUUCCACGUCUCGCCGGCUUAUCUCGAGGCUGAACGCCACUUUGCCUCUCUCGACUGGACGGACAAUGCCGCCAUCACUGUCACUCCUGCGACGACGAACACCACAAAAUUCUACUUCACCAGGCACACACAGUACAGCUCGCUGGAGACUGUGGCUUACAAGCUCACCGUGGACACCGUUGAAUAUGGAAACCUCACCGUUCCUCAGCUUAGUGAGAGCCUGUUUUUGACCAGGAGGGAUUCCAAGAUCCACGUCAGCGAUUACGCCGUCGGUGACAAGACUCUCGUUUAUUCUACCGCUGAGAUCUUCACCUGGAAGCAAUACAAGGACAAGACUGUUCUGGUUGUGUAUGGCGGUCCCAACGAGCACCACGAGCUAGCUGUCGAGGGCAAGGGGGAUGCCGAAGUCAUUGAAGGAUCUGAUGUGGAAACCGACCAGAAGGAUGGCUACACGAUCCUGAACUGGGAAGUCACGGAGGAUCGCAAGGUCGUCCGAGUGCACAAGGACCUCUACGCAUACAACUACUGGGUUCCCCCGACCGAGGCUGACCUUGGGACCGCGGAUGUCAUCGUCAAGGCUGGCUACCUCGUCCGUACCGUCUCGAUUGACGGAUCCUCGCUCAGCUUUGUUGGUGACGUCAACGCUACAACCCCUAUUGAGGUCAUCGGCGGCGCCCCCACCUCGUUGAAGGCUCUUGAGUUCAACGGAAAGGCUCUCGACUUUGAGCAAGAUGACUCGGGUGUCGUGUCUGCCGUGAUCGAGUUUAAGACACCCGACAUCAAGCUGCCCUGCCUCAGCCGCCUGAAGUGGAAGUACCUCGACAGCCUGCCCGAGAUUCAGUCCGACUACUCCGACGACGCUUGGCUGGACGCUGACAGAGACACCUUGAACAUUGCCAACCCCCUGGACACUCCCAAGAGUUUGUAUGGCGGCGACUAUGGCUUCCACACCGGAUCCCUUCUCUUCCGCGGACGCUUCACUGCCAACGGCGAGGAGGCCAGCAGCGGCAACGCUCUUGACCUGACCACGCAAGGCGGCAACGCGUAUGGUACUUCAGUUUGGCUCAACGACCAGUUCAUUGGCUCUUGGGUCGGCAACGCCGUCGCCCCCGCUCACAACAGCACGUUUGAUCUCCCCAAGCUCACUGAAGGCGAGGAGUACAUCAUCACCGUCGUCGUCGACCACAUGGGCAUGAACGGCAACUGGGUCGUUGCGGAAGAACAGCAGAAGAACCCCCGUGGUAUCCUGAACUACGCGCUGUCUGGCCACAAGCAGUCUGACAUUGCCUGGAAGAUCACCGGCAACCUCGGCGGUGAAGACUAUGCGGAUGAUGACAGGGGUCCGUUGAACGAGGGUGGCCUGUUUGCUGAACGUCAGGGCUACCACUGGCCUCAGCCUCCUUCGGAUAGCUGGGAUGACAGCAAGGGUCACGACUGA